AAACGCAAGGUCAAAGUCAAAUCUGGGAGCGACCUGGGCUCUCCUCCAAAAACUCCAAGGGUGAGAACGUCUUCGCCCCCACCCUAUCAAACGACUCCCUCACCUCUAGUGAUUCUCCAGAAAACUCCUCUGUCUGUGAAGGCUUCCUCUUCUCAAGGUGUCUCUUUUCUACAGGCUGCUCUGGCGGCGUCUUCUCCUACCUCCACAAGUUUUGCUAGACCUGCUGGGGUCGUGACUUCCCCUUCAUUAACAGAGGGGACUGGAGCUCUGAAGUCCAUUGCUCUUUCCAUACGGGACCCUUCUCUCUUGAAGCUAGUUGAAGAGGCGUCCCAUCAAUAG